ACUAUAUCUAUUGCACGCCCUCCUCUGUUGCUCCUCCUGAGGUUUCUUCACAAAUCUUUUUUUUUUUUCUCAUGAAAGCCAAUGAGUUCCAAGGAAUGCCCUUCCACAGUUUGACUCCCUAACAAGAACAAAACCAACCAGCGUCAGCCUGUUCAAGACUCCUCUGUUUGCUGCUCUUCACUCACCAUGAAGAGCAUUACACAAUUCGUUUUAGCAGCCUUGCCAUGGCUGCUACUCCUGUUCACUCCCAAAGGGUUUUGUGUACAGAGAGUUCAUUGUCAGUGGGGGCCUUAUGGUGAUUGGUCAGAGUGUGAUGGCUGCACCAAAUCACAGACAAGAAGCCGAGCCAUGGCUGUCUACGCUCAGUUUGGAGGGAACCCCUGCAAUGGGGGGCCGACUGAGACCAGGUCCUGUGAAACCACAAAAGGCUGCCCUCUAGAGGAUGGAUGUGGAGACAGGUUUCGGUGUCGAUCGGGAAAGUGUAUUAGCCAGUCUCUGGUGUGUAACGGAGAUCAGGACUGUGAGGCAGAUGGACACGACGAACGUUUCUGUGACAUUGCAAAACACAUUGUAUGUCGAAAUUCAGUUCCCCCGCCUAACGUAGAGCUCCUAGGACUUGGGUUUGAUGUGGUGUCAGGGAAGCGGAGGGCCGGUGUCAUCAACACAAAGAGCUUUGGGGGACAGUGUCGUGUCAUCUACAGCGGUGUCCACAAUGCUCUCUACAGACUGCCCCUUAGUACUAUCCAGUUCAGCUUUCUGGUUACAGCUAAGAAUGACUUCAGUGAUGAGAUGUACACCAGUAAAUGGCACUACGCAAAGGACAUUGUCAAAAGACAGACAGUGACUGGGACCACGACAGGAUAUAAAAACUAUGACUUUCAUGAGACACAUGACCAGACCCAGACUCAAAAGCUUUUGGUUUUAAAGAGUGACAUAGAGGUAGCUCAGUUCCAGAGCAACUCUCAUCAGUAUCUCCCAAUAUCGGAGGCGUUCUGGAAGGCACUGGUUAAACUCCCAUCAGUCUACAACUACGCUGCCUACAGGGACGUUUUGAAGAGGUUUGGGACACACUACCUGUCUGAAGGAAGCCUUGGAGGCUCCUUCAAGAUCAUCGCCAAGAUUGAUGAAGAAACUGAAAGAAAGAUGGUCAGCGUAAGCUCCUCGCAUAAUGAAUGUGUAAGGACCAAACGUUGGAUUUUCUUUAUCCCCAUCCAUCACGUGGACUGCAGCAGUGGUCAAGACCGACGCGACUCAACACCCAUUGAUAAAGCCAGGAGUGAUAACUGGAUGAAGGUGGAUGUGGAGGGAGGAGGCAUCCAACACAUCGCAGCACUGCAGGCCAUGCAGCUCUCUGAUCCGAACAGGAACUGGAGAAUAUACUCAAACUGGGCUGAUUCUAUCCGGUUAUCUCCAGUGGUCACAAAACAAACGCUGCGUCCGCUGUCAGAGCUGGUGAAGGAGGUUCAGUGUGCUGGGGUGAAGAGGCUCUACCUUCGCAGGGCCAUAGAGCAGUACCUUACUGAGAGCGACUCCUGCCACUGCCGGCCCUGCAGCAACAAUGGCAUGGUUGUCAUGGAUGGAGAUACAUGCAAAUGCAUCUGUAAGCCUGGCACAUCAGGACAGGCCUGUGAGCAGGGAACUGAAGCGGAGGGUCAGCAGGGAAUGAUCCACGGUAGUUGGGCCUGCUGGUCAGCCUGGUCAUCAUGCUCUGGAGGUCGGAGGUCAAGAAGUCGUACCUGCUCUAAUCCCACUCCUCAGAAUGGGGGACAACAAUGUAUCGGAGAACCCACUGACAGGUCCACUGAUUGUGAAGACCAAGACCUGCAAUACUUAAAAACCAUGGAGCCUCAAUGCUUUGACCACACUCUCCCGGCAAGUCAGAUAUGUGGAAACCCGCCGGUUCUAAUCAAUGGCUACAUUCUGGAUCCCAAGGACAUUUACCUUGUGGGUAGUAGGGUUCAGUACACCUGCACUGGAGAUUACUAUCUUGCUGGUGACAGCACCCUGGAAUGCACUGCUAAUCAAAACUGGUCUUCCAGCCCUGGAGUGUGCACAGUCUCGAGGUGCCACCUUCACUCCCUCUCUGAUGACAUCACAGCCUCUCCUUUACAGCAGGUUUAUGGCAUAGGGGAUACAGUCACCUUGUCCUGUCCAGCGGGUAGACAGGUCCUAGGAGAGGCAACGAUUAUAUGUGACUCCAGUCUGCAGUUUUCACCAGACCCAGCACAAACCAAAUGCAGCCCAGUCAGUGCGCCACAACUCAUCUCUCCUCUGCUGCAAUGUAAACCAUGGGAGAAGUUUUCUAAUGGAAAAUGUGUUUGCAAAAAGAUGUCUGAGUGCAGUUCAUCUUUGGAGGUGUGCGCCACUAACCCUGCGAAUGGAAAAUCAGUCAAUCUGAAUGUGUGCAAAAUGCAUGCACUACAGUGUAUGGGGAAGAACCUGACAAUAGUAGAGGACAGCAUCUGCAAGUGGCCGGAGCGCAACACAACAGGCUGCACCAACUGUCACAUGUGGGAGACCUGUGACGAUCAAACCAACGAGUGUCGCUGUAAGGACUCUGCAGAUUGCCCGACCCCAGGAUUUAAUGUGUGUGUCCAAGUUGGGGAGAAUGCAACUGCAGUGUUUCAGACCAAGAGCGAGUGUGAAGCAGGACUAGUGCGAUGUAAGGGAGAAAAGGUAUCAGUUGUCAGUAUCCUGCCUUGUGCUACCUGAGGAUGUCAAGAGAGAACUUAUAUUGCCACCUUCCUUUACACAUUAAUCCUCAAUAACACUUUCCUCAUAUUUUUCAGAUGAAUUAGUAUUGUAUCAAGUGUCACUGGUUUACCACAUUUUAAAAGUACACUGUUAUGCCUGUAUACAACUGUAAUGUAAAACUGUAUUAAGACAAGCAAUAAAUAACAAAACACCAGC